CUCUUUUCAAACUCCGCCCUCUUUUCAAACUUCCCUGGCGCUGCCAAGUGGCGGCUGCGCAUGCGUACUUGAGCAAAACUGCGAAAGAAUAUAAAUUAUGAUGGCGGUCGCGAUGGAGACUGAACAAUUCCCAUACUUGCCUUCGGGGCUGGAGCAAGUCAACAAGAUGAUCAGGGACCACAGCAACCUAUUCACCGAUAACCUUUGCAGUGUCUGCAAUGCCGUGCUCAUCUCAGAGUCACAGAAGUUGGCUCACUAUCAGAGUAAGAAACACGGCAACAAGGUGCGACGUUACUUGUCAAUCCAAAAUGAGAAGGAGCCAGAGUCGAAAAAGUUCAAGUCGCUUUCCUCUGACAAUAAUGACACAGACAACAGUAUAUCGGACCCGAUGAAAAUUUGUGACACGUGCAAGAUGAGCUUCACAUCGGCAGUUAUGGCAAACUCUCACUACCAGGGCAAGAUUCACGCCAAGAACCUCAAACUCAAAGCGGUGGAUCCAUUGACCUUAGUCCAACAGGCCACACCGGCGUCAUCCAAGAAGAAGGCGGCGGCAGCAGCAACGGCGGAGGUGGCGGCGGCAGCAAUUACAGCUGGCAAUGGCAGUGAAGGUGGUGACCCGGACCGCUUCUGCGCCAUCUGUCAAGCAUCCUUCAACAAUGCGCAGAUGGCCCAGCAGCACUACCUGGGCAAAAAGCACAAGAAGCACCUAGCCAAGCAGGACCUAAUGAAGCUCUACGGCAAGCCUGCCACACCGGCAUCCACAGCAAAAGGCUUGCCGUGUACACUGUGCAACAUUGAGCUCAACUCUGUGGAUCAGUACCAGUCUCACAUUAGCGGUGCAAAACAUAAGAACCAAAUGAAAAAAUCUGGCCUGAGCCAAUCUGAUAACCAGCAGCCAUCCGGUCCCGAAAACAAACAAACUGACGGAGACAAGCAGUCGGCCAGAAACAAAAACCAGGAGUCGGGAAAUGGUAUGGUCGAAGGCAAGGACGCGCGCGAGCACUUUGCGCCGACGGACGACACGUUUGUGACCGAAGGUUUUGAGGCGGACGACAACUUCUUCGGAAUGGGAGGCGAUAUAUUUCCUUCUUCGGAAGACAAGUUUAACAUGGACAGCUAGUACAUCACUGCCUACAAUUAUUAAAACCAUGAAAAUGGGUUUAUCACCGGACUAUAACAGAUUCAGUCAUGGCCCGCCAGAACACUCCCACCAUUCUCAUACAAAAAAAAAAAAAAGACUUUUUCUUACUGUAGAAGUGUAACCCUCCUAACUACCCAAUGUGAAGAAUUGUCCAAUUUUUCAACUAUUUCUCCUGUUCCAGCAACAAAAGUCUGUCAAAGUUGCAGCGUUCUUGCAAAACGCGAUAUUUGAGCAACAUUCUAUUUGGAGAAUCGCAACAGCUUUAGCAAAGGGCCUGGAAAUCGGCAUAUAGGAUAAAGUUGCUCCAAAAAAUUAGAGGAACACUUUUUUUUAUCAGAAUAUAGCAACUUAUAAGUCAAACCUCUGUGAUAUUUAUCUGGUCAGUUAAAUAGCAUGAGGGGUGUUAAUCAGUUUUAGCUGCUUUUAAUGAAGUCAACAGGUGCAUCAGAGGGGCAAUAAUGAGACGGCCCCUAAAACGAAUGGUUUUCCAGGUUGUCGCCACUGAUUACCCCCCCCCCCUUCUUUUUUGAUCAUAUUUUAUUCACAGACUUACCUUCCACUGCUGUAGUUUUUCAUUUAGCUUGGAUCAACAUGAACUGAUAACAUGGUGCGGUACCUGGACGCUUCAGAGGUUGCACAAGUAGUGCAACUCCUCCAGGAUGACACAUCAAUACUUGCUGGGGUUUGCUGUGUCUUCAAGCACAGUCUCAAGAGCGUUGAGGAGAUUCCAGUAGGCAAGUAUUUAUUCCAGGAGAUCUGAACAGGACCGUAGAAAGUCCUUAAAUCCUCAGCGUGAUGAGUAUCUGCUCAGUUAUGCAAGUAAGUGCUAUACAAGUGUAACACCAUUUACCAUAUGGACAGGAUGAGCAUUGCCAGAGUCCUACAAAAUGACCUCCAGCAGGCCACUGGUGGGAAUGUUUCUGACCAAACAAUCAGAAACAGGCUCAAUGAAGUUGGCCUGAAUGCCCGACAUCCUCUAGUAGGCCGUUUGCUUACUGCCCAGCACCAUAGAGCUCGAUUGGCAUUUGCCGUAGACCACCAGAAUUGGCAACUAUGCCACUGGUGCCCUGUGCUCUUCACCCAUUAGAGCUGGUUCAACCUGAGCACAUGCGAGAGAUGUAAAAGGGUCCAGAGAUGCCGUGGAGAACAUUAGGCUGCCUGCAAUAUCAAUCAGCAUGACCGGUUUGGUUGUGGGUCAGUGAUGAGCUGGGGAGGCAUAUCCCAUGAAGGUCAGAUAAUGGCACCGUGACUGCUGGGAUGAAAUCCUUGGACCCAUUGUCAGUACCUACGCUAGUGCAGUGGAACCUGACCUUAUAUGGCUAGAGUAUGCAAGCAGUUCCUGGAGGAUGAAGGAAUCAAUACCAUUCACUGGCCCCAUGUUCACCUGACCUAAACCCCAUUAAACACCUCCGGGGCAUCAUCAUCCUCAGCCACCAGGUUGCGCCUCAGAUUGUCCAGGAGCGCAGUGUUACCAUGGUUCAGAUCUGGGAGGAGAUCCUCCAUGACACCAUUCGUCGUCUCAUUAGGAGCAUACCCCGACAUUGUCAGGCAUGCGUACAAGCACGACAGGAUCACACAAACUACAGAAAGACAUUUCGGCAAAAUGGACCCGUCUGCUGCAUCAUUUCUUCAUUUUCAUUUUUGGGGUGUCUUUGAUUUCCCCCCCCUCUACAGAAUGAUCAUUUUCAUUUUAUCAAAUUAUUUGGCAUCAUUUUGUUACUAAUACAUCACCUACUUAUCAGGAAAGAUAUUCAAUUCAAUUUUAUCCCCCCCCCCCCCCCCCCCCCCAUUUAGAUUUGAUGUUUUUGAAGAGUUGCUUUUUUUUGUUUUUGUUUGGUUUUUUUUGUAUUUUUUUUUUUUUUAGCCUUGUCCAAAACCUGCUAUUGUUGCAACAACACACCUCAGAAUCAGUUGGAUAUAUAGUUGUGAGGAAAGCUAUCUUAUAAAAAGCUAUUGAAUUGUACUGAAGUGCGAAUAUCCCCAGAUUAUUAAAUUAGUGUUUUAUUUUUUUUCUUUGAAAAGUUUUUAUAAGAAUCUUUAGGGCCAGUUUCCAAUACAUGACACCAGUUUGACUACAGUUUGGGUCUAUGCGUCAAUUCCAUACCCCAUUAAAUACUCAUCCUCCACAACCAAAGAGGGCACGAACAACGCUCUAUUGUAUUCUCUUGAAGUAGAUCGCGUUCCACACGUCUAUUGAGAUUGGGAAAAAAAAUAGAUAUGUAUUUGAAUUAACCAGAUUUUUUUAACCAAGAUAUCAGUACAUUUGUACUCCGCUUAACUCACUGUUGAUUUAACAGAUGUAAAGUUUCAAGCAGUGGAAAAGGUGGCAUUUAAAAUUGUUAAAACAAAAAAAAAAACAUGGGAAAGGUUCUGGUGCACUCUGUUGUCAAUUGCAAUCAAACACUGGACAUAACUUUAUCACUGAGCAGGAAAGUAGUCUCAAGCAGCUCUUCUACUCUAAUAUCUUGUACAGUUAACUUGUUUUUAUUCCGCUUUUGCAGUAAAUGUCGGUUGAUAACGAGUCCUGCAUUUCACAGCAUCUUGGAGUGAUGUCAAAAUAGAUAAGAGAUAUCAGUGAGUAUCAAGUCUUACUGUUACUGGCUGAAUAUUUUAUUACUGAAUGUUUGCUUUGUAGGGGGGGAAAAGUGCUUUUCUCUGCUGUACAGCUUGUCAUCAUCAUUGGUAGUGAAGUUUUGGUCGUUUUGCUUUCUAGCAACGUUACAAGUUGUGUAUCUCACACAAAAUACAGCCUUCCCAGUGUGAUGACUUUGCUUCGUUCCCUUAUGGUUUUUCAAUAAAACAAGACU